AUAUGUUGGAAACAUGAUGAACAGGGGUCACCAUAAGCCCACUAUGACUGAGCCCAGCCCCUGGAGGAGUCAGUGAUGUGAUGUGGCGCGCACCGGGAGGCUGGGACGCGGAUCCAUCCAGCUGCUGGAAGACGAGCAGGGGCAGGCUGCUUUCGGGACAAACGAUGGGAAACCCAAAGCCGAACGCCUCCGAGAGAAGCCACACUUAAUGUCACCAGAGCUGCAGUCUGUUGGUGUUCUUCUACAUGGAGCAGAGAAGAGAUUUGACGCGGACUUCAGCGCUUUGCUGCUGCUGGAUCCUCAUCAGCUCCGUGCUGGCUGAGGACUGGACCCGUGCUGACACUGAGGGCGAGCUCUUCAGGAGGCUGUUUGGGGGCUACAGCAAGUGGACACGUCCGGCGAGGAACAUCACAGACGUGGUGAUAGUCAAGUUCGGCCUCUCCAUCGCCCAGCUGAUAGACGUGGAUGAGAAAAAUCAGGUGAUGACGACCAACGUGUGGCUCAAACAGGAGUGGACUGACUACAAGCUGCAGUGGAGACCCUCCGACUUCGACAACGUGACGUCCAUCAGAGUUCCCUCUGAGCUCAUCUGGGUGCCGGACAUCGUGCUUUACAACAAUGCAGACGGAGAUUUUGCCGUCACCCACAUGACCAAGGCCCACCUGUUUCACACGGGUCGUGUCCGCUGGGUGCCCCCGGCCAUCUACAAGUCCUCCUGCUCCAUCGACGUCACCUUCUUCCCUUUCGACCAGCAGAGCUGCAAGAUGAAGUUCGGCUCCUGGACGUACGACCGCGCCAAGAUCGACCUGGAGCCCUUUGAGAACACGGUGGACCUCAAGGAUUACUGGGAGAGCGGCGAGUGGGCGAUCGUCAACGCAGUGGGCACCUACAACACCAAGAAGUACGACUGCUGCCACGAGAUCUACCCCGACAUCACCUACUAUUUCGUCAUCCGCCGACUCCCGUUGUUCUACACCAUCAACCUCAUCAUCCCCUGCCUCCUCAUCUCCUGCCUCACCGUCCUGGUCUUCUACCUCCCGUCGGACUGCGGAGAGAAAAUCACUUUGUGCAUCUCGGUGCUGCUCUCGCUCACCGUCUUCCUGCUGCUCAUCACCGAGAUCAUCCCGUCAACGUCGCUGGUCAUACCUCUGAUCGGGGAGUACCUGCUCUUCACCAUGAUCUUCGUCACGCUGUCCAUCGUCAUCACCGUCUUCGUGCUGAACGUGCACCACCGGUCGUCAGUGACUCACACCAUGCCACGGUGGGUUCGGAGGUUUUUCCUCUGUGCUGUGCCACGGUGGCUGUGCAUGAAGCGUCCAGACCACGGCCUCAGGUCUGCGAGGCGGCGUCACCUGAGCGAUGACCUCCUUCCUGUCCGGACUUCAGGCCCCUCCCACAGGACAUCCACCUGGCUCUCGCGGGAGUCUGACAUCGAUCUCCAUGAAAUCCACCUCUGCGAUCUUCACGGUGACCUGAGCAGAGAUCAUCCGGGGAGGUUUGGGGCGAAGAUGGAUGCUCUGAGGAUUUCUGCCCUCUCUCCUUCUUCCCCUCGAUGCCUCGGUUACACCCUCCUCCCUCAGAGACACUCAGCGCCCAGCUUGGACUGGGGGGCCCCUCCUGUGAGCCCGCCGGCCUCUGUUCUGUCUCCUGCGGUGGUGUCGGCCCUGGAGGGGGUCACCUACAUCGCAGAGCACCUCAGGGCGGAGGAUGCAGACUUCUCUGUGAAGGAGGACUGGAAGUACGUGGCCAUGGUCGUGGACCGGAUCUUCCUGUGGAUGUUCAUUAUCGUGUGUCUGCUGGGGACAGUCGGACUCUUCCUGCCUCCGUGGCUCUCUGGGAUGUUUUAGAACCAAAUUAAAGAAACAUCAAGCCCUUACAAUGAUGAAUCAAUUAUUGAGGCAAAGUGGAGAGGAAGGAAGGGAUUUUUUUUUUUGAGCUUUUCACAAAUCUGAUGCAACUCGCUAAAAUACAUGCAGGAUUUUUUUCUUUUACUAGCAACAAGUACAAUCAGGGCUUCAACUAACAGUUACUUUCAUGAUCAGUUAACGGGCCUUUUUACCUUACGGAAAGCUUUUAAUUCAAGUUAGAAAUUGUUGCUUUUCUCUACUAAUCUGCUGAGUGGAUUAAAACUUCACUUUGUCCAA